ACCGUCCACAGACCUAGCGGCGGUCUGUAUCUGGCUAUCCGUCCCCCGUCCGGCUUCGCUACGUGCACAAGCUAUGCUGCGCCAGCCAAGCCGCAAGCGCGGACCGUCCGGACUGUCUCCGAACCAUUCUAGAGGUCCCAGAACGCGGAUACAUCGCUAUACCAGCAGAAACCUGCCGUCGUCGGAUGAGGACGACGAGAGCAUCGGAAGCCUGGAUGACGUGCAAAAUGUACAACCACUCUCUCAAACUCGAUACUGGUGGCAAGACCUGGAUCUCCGCCCCUCGGAGAAGGCGCCUGCAAGCCUGCAAAGCGAAUCGUCAACAGAUGAGGAAUCCGAUACGAGCAGUGCACAUGCCGCCGCAGAUCAGCAGGCAAAUGCGAUGAUAUCUGAUAUCAUUGAGUUUCAUGAUAUAGAGCCACGUACGGAAGAGUAUGGCGGCAGUGGAGCCGAUGAUCCUUGGGCAGACGAGGACAUGAGAAUUGACGAUAGACCUGACCUGAACGACGUCGCUCAGCCGGAAGAGCCGCCCACCAUACCCUCGAAAACGUCUCCUUUAGCGCCGCCUUGCUCAAAAUCGGGCGCCGCAUCCUCUGGCAGCAUCGCUGGCAGCGAGCGCGCUGCUGUUCGGUCGUCAGGUCGAAGCUUAGCAGAGAUUGUUGCCUCAAGCGACGAAUCGUCAGACUCGUCUGGACUGGAGACCGACGAUGAGACUGAUCUCGCACGGCGGGAAAGGUUCGCGGAGCUGAAGCAAGCCGGUAAUAUCGUACGAAUGACACCCUCUUUGUGGGCUUUCCGUCGGCCAACAAAGCCCAACGUAUGGGAUCAUCUCUGGGGCCGACUGGACUGUGGCAGCCACGUCUGGAGCUGCGACUGCGCGCUGUACUCCAAGAUAAGCACUUGCCCGAGCGUCCGUCUGGCCCAAGCGUCAGCGACUCAAGAUCGUCUUCUAGCCAUGCGACCGAUCGACGAUAAGUGCGAAGCGCAAGGCCGUAUACCUCACGCGAUCUUGCUUGCUGCGCGCCAUGGCAUGGGCGGCAAAAAGAUCUAUUGGGUCUCGGUUGUCAGAGGUGCGAAUAGAACGCAAGAAUCCAGCAACAAGCGGGGCAUCGUCACCCUUACGUACAGCUCCGAUCGUCUACCGCCAGAAUCGCACUGCUCACUUUGCGCUCGUCGGCGCAUCAAAGGCUGUGAACAUCGCGACCUAGCGCAACAUCAGAUUGUGCGUGCACUGUCCCUACAGACAACUAGCACUCUGCGCCCGCGAGAAGACACGCCCCCGUCAGAGACGGCGGCGGCAGAUACGAUCAUGGCCUCAGGCAGAGGCAGACGCGACCGGGCAGAGUCCAACAUGCCAAGGCGUGCGCCUCGCUGGGCUGUUCACUCAGAAGACGUGAGACUGGCUCAUGGCACGGACUACCAACCAUCUGAAGACUGCGAGUGGAGGACGUUGAUGAUCAAGGGCCAGCCGAUGACGCUGCGUGUGCUCCGGCUUGAUCGACACGCUGCCUGUACAUGCUCGUACAAGCCUGUACCUGGUCAGGACACCGUCUGGAAAACUGGCGUCAUCUAUGGCCUUACGGCGCCCUCANACGCCAUGAUCGAGUGCACCAAGUGCAUGAACAAUGAUUGCCCACGAGCAGUAAGAACCCACAAAAAGNGCGGCGGCAUCCGAGACCGGUCGUAUUGGAUCACAGGCGACUUUCGUGCUCAGAAGCUCUUUUCAGUGGGCUCUGGCCUCGUAUUCACGCACGAGAUUCUGGACAGCUACCUGGCACAUAUGAUCACCAUGGCUACACCCUUCAGUGCCUUCCAUGCCAUGACAUCGUUGUUGNACGAAGCAUCGGAUCCGAUGGCCAAAUUCGUGUCGGCCAAGACUUUUGCAAGCGCAUUUCGGCGAUACAUGGCAUUCAACGACAUAGUGCGCAAUAUGAACGACAUGAAGUGCAGCAUCUGUGGCGACGAUCCAGAGGUCGUCAUUGUCGACGGAUACGCCGCAGGAUACGACAAGACGAGCGUGUCUGGUAAUCUACGGGCGCCAACAAGGGCCGAUCCGGGCAUUGUCUUUCCGGACGUCAAGGCUCCGACGAAAGGCUUGCAAUACGUCAGCGAUUACCACCUACGCUUGAGACUCCUGACGGCCUUUGUCGGCCAAGUCAAGGACAAGGAAAAGGCCUUGCCGUCUGCAGACAUGUUCCAAGAGGAUCUCGCUCGCUUGUCGAGAGUGAUCUGCCCUGAAGACCUGGCGAGGCGUCGACAUCGAGAGCAAGCAACACUGAACGCGAGUCUGACGGUCUUACAGCGCUACCUCGAGUAUCUGGCCGGCAUGACGGAGCAUCAGUGGCAAACCGACCUCGAGAUUAGGCCACAUCGUGACUUCAUCAUUCAAUUGCUCGGCCCUGGCUCUAUCCUUAGUUUCAUCACGUCCGAAGCUGCCAAACGACUCGAAAAAUGGUGCAUAGCUGCGCGGAACAGGCCCCAGGAAAUGCGGACAGAUCAAGCCGUGCGAUAUCGAGAAGCUCUCGCGCAGCAUCAGAGCUUCUUCGAGAAGGACUGUCCGGUGUUAGGCACGCUCUGUUCUAUCUAUGCGGCUAGUGGCAAGCGAGUGCUACCCUUCGAGCGCCUUCUGCACGACAUAUCCAAGCGGACGCUGUCUGCCUUUGAGAUGCUCAAGAACGGUCGUGAGGCAGCUCCGCCGACGCCGGAAGCGUUUGCACCUAUCGAUUCCCUGCGUACUGGUUCAGUCUACGGCCAACAGUAUCGCAAGAGGCCAACCUACAGCAGCCUANGACACGACCAGCGUAGUGACAGCAGCAAGAAGAAUUCCGCAGCAUCUAGACGAGUUGACAAUAACGAAGCGUCUACAGAAGCGAACGAUGGCGACCAGGACGCGUACGACGAAAGGCACUGCCAAAAGUUCUAUGACGAAUACAGGAAAGCAGGCUUGACUGGCGGCAUGCUCCUGGUCUGGUGUAAUCACCUUGUCUGCUACGGGUUCCACUUUAUCGAGACAUCGGAAGGCAGGAACGAUAUCUUCACGGCGCUUUACUGUUUCUUUCGCAGAGCGCCCAGAGUAGUCGUCUACGACUUUGCGUGUGCACUAGGGCCAUACUGCAUGCAACGCGAACCGGACUAUUUCAAGAAGACCCUGUUCCUCAUCGAUGAACUGCAUGCCAAGUCUCACACAAAGUGUACAUCGAAUGCUUUCGUCAGCAAGUACAUGGCUCAUCACAAGGAGGUUCGACACAUCAACACGAGCGCCGCCGAGGUUGCAAAUGCCUGUCUUAAGCGCAUCCGAACAUCGGUGUCAUAUUCAAACGAGCGCAAUGCCAUAGCCCUAGCAAGGAUCUUUGUGCUGACAUGGAACUGCCAGCGUCAGCGUCACAAUGCGAACAACACGACUCGAGCGACCAGCCGCGCACGAUGCAAGCCUCGGGCUACUUUCAAGCAAUCGAAUAUCGUAGCCCUGUCUAAAGGGACCGUGCAAAGAUUCCAACCUGGCAGCUCCGAUGACGAAGCGGGCUGCUUCAGCGCGCAAUCCUCAGAACAUGCGAGCGCGAGCGACUCAGAGGAAGAUACGCUUGUCGAUGACCCUGUCGAAGAGGCUGCUCGACAAGAAGGAAUGGUUGAGCGCAACCGCAUCGAGCUCAUGCAAUUGAGCCGUACACCAUCUCCGAACACAUAAAGAUACAAGAGAAGACCCCUCUCGCACGUCGAACCAGCGAGCGCUNCGGGAAGCCUGUCUCCUGGCAGACAAGCGUAAACUAAGAUAGCGUAAUCGAGCAAUGAAAGGGAAGACUAUUAUGCAGAAGCUUCUGAGCCGUCCUGAUCGUCCUGAUCGUCCUGAUCAUCGCUGCUGGAUUCGAGUCCAGGAUGAUCCGUCUGAGCUCGAGUCUGUGCAGACGCCAGGGCUGCACGCAUCACCUUCAGUUGUCUCUGCAGAGCCCGGUACUUCGCCACAGAAACUGUGCCCUGUUCACCAUUCACGGCGUCGUCGAUCGGCUCGUCGUCCUCUAAGCGACGUUGCUCCUCCGUGUAUAUCUUGCGUUGGUUAUAGCCGAAUUCGAAGAUCUUCUCUGCAGCGUUCAAGAUUGCCUCUCGGACCUUUUCAUCCUGCAUGAGGUCAGCAGAUGCGUGGACGUAGUUGAUGCCGGUGUGGAGCUUUUUCGUUGCUGGACACCAGGCGGAUUCUGCCAUAGAUGCCGCAUUGUCUAUCUUAUCGCCUCGCGCUCCGAAAGUGACAAAGAAUUGACCUGGCAAUAUCGCUUCUGUCUUGAUGAUCAUGCCCAUGUCUUGGUAUCUGCGGUAACAGAAAUAGUUCUCCGCCUUCUUCUUCUUCUCCGUUUUAGUUUUGGGCCCCUUAUAAUAGUUUUGCAUAGGCGUGAGCGCAGGCAAAAGACCAGUGUGCGAUGCUAUAUUUGUAGACCCGCUC